GUCUCUCUCUUACUAUCAGUCUCUCUCUCACUGUCAGUCUCUCUCUUACUAUCAGUCUCUCUCUCACUGUCAGUCUCUCUGUGUCACUCCCUCAGUGUCAGUCUCACUCACUCUCUGUCAGUCUCAUCUCUCGCUCUCUGUCAGUCUCACUCAUUCUCGGUCUAUCUCUCACUCUUGCUGUCUGUCAGUCACUCUCUGUCAGUGCAGUCUGAGCAAUGACGGUCACCCUGGACUUUGAAGAAUGUCUGACGGACUCUCCGCGCACAAGGGCGGCGAUGGAGACAGUGGAGUCGGAGGUUUUUGAUCUGGAGAACCGCCUGGAGAAGUUAGUGAAACUGUCCUAUCACAUGGCGGACAACGGGCGUCAGUACUGUCAUUCCAGCCGGCAAUUUGUUUGUGCGCUGCGGGAGCUAUCCUUUCACUCACAGGAUGACUGCAUGUUAAAGGAAUGUUUGGAGCGGUUUUCAGACAGUCUGAAUACAAUAAUAGACAAUCACACGGAGCUCUUGGAAACCAUCCAGCAAAGCUUCAAGCAGAAACUGCAGCUUCUUCUAAAAGAAGACCUGAGAUCAUUUCGAGACAGCCGUAAGGAGUUAGAGCGCUGCAGGGAGGGUCUAGAGAGUGCUCUGAACCACAAUGCAGAGCUUCCUCGUAAGAAGGCCCAGGAGAUGCAGGAAGCCUCAUCUGCUGUCCUGACGUCUCGGAAAGCAUUCAGGGAGCAGGUUCUGGACUACACCCUGCAGAUCAACCUCAUCCAGGACAAGAAGAAGUUCUCCAUUCUGGAGUUUAUGCUGCAGCUGAUGGAUGCCCAGGGAUGUCUCCUGACUCAGAGUCAGACUGUCCUGCAGAACCUGGAUGAGUAUCGGAAAGGCCUGGCUGCACAGGUUCAUCAGACGGUGUUACAAGGAGCGCGCAAGCAUAGAGACUUGGAGCAGAAACUGAAGAGCAUGAAACAGAAGGAAGUGUCAGACGAGGACGCAGUCUAUCAAAGUGAAGGUGACGCCUCAGAAGUUGUGAUUGAAGGCUAUCUCUACAAGAGGGCCAGUAACACGUUCAAGACCUGGAGCCGUCGCUGGUUUUCCAUUCAGAAUAAUCAACUGGUUUAUCAGAAGAAAGUGAAUGUUCUCACCAUUGUUAUCGUUGACCUCCGACUCUGCGCUGUGAAGCUGUGUCCGGACGCAGACAGGCGGUUUUGCUUUGAAGUUGUGUCUCCAGCAAAGUCAUGUAUGCUCCAGGCAGAGUCGGAGCGUGUGUUAGACCUAUGGGUCAGCGCUGUACAGAGAAGCAUUACAACGGCGUACAGUGAGAAUAAGAGAGAUAGCGGCAGCCUGCGAAUGCCUCGCUCUGAGGCACCAGCACAGAAGGGAACAGAUGUGAGCGCUCAGGAUUCUGUGCUGAGAGUCCCGGGGAACGCAGCCUGCUGUGACUGCCGGGCAGCAGAACCAGAGUGGGCGAGUAUAAACCUGGGAGUGACCCUGUGCAUCGAGUGUAGUGGGAUUCACAGAAGCCUGGGUGUACAUUUCUCCAAGGUCCGCUCACUCACCCUAGAUUCCUGGGAACCGGAACUUGUGAAGCUAAUGUGUGAACUUGGAAACAACACCAUUAAUGGGAUCUACGAGGCUCGGAUCGAAGAAAUGAACAUAAAGAAACCAACGUCCUCCAGCACACGGUGA